CAUAAAUGGGAAGGUGGUUCUGUGUUUUCCAAAGUUAUGAUUAUAGCACUAUAUCCAAGGCGGCGGAGGUGGUGGUCAGAGCAAAUGGGACCGGAAUUAUUGUCGCCGGCCAACAAGUCGAUAAUAAUUUGUUAGCUUGUAUAUCCUCUCCAAUUCCAUGUAUCCUAGUUGAUACCAUUGUUGGCUCAAAAUUAUUCUUCUACUUCUUGCAAAAUAGUGAUCAUCCAGUGGUAAUGUUGAGGGCCGCAAGAACGAUCAUCGGAAAGCCCAUAGCACCAACUAUUGCCUAUUUCUCAUCAAGAGGUCCAAAUUCUGUUUCCCCUCCAAUUCUCAAGCCCGACAUAUCGGCUCCUGGAUCUAACAUUCUAUCUGCCGUUUCACCCCACUACUUUUUCAACGAGAAAGGGUUUUCGCUCAUGUCAGGAACUUCUAUGGCCACACCUCAUGUUUCAGCUAUCGUCGCUCUUCUUAAAUCCGUGCACCCUACGUGGUCACCCGCUGCCAUUAAAUCAGCUCUCAUGACAACCGCACGUACAGAGGUCUCUCCAGGACUGCCCAUUUUUGCAGAUGGAACUCCUCCGAAAGUGGCAGACCCAUUUGACUACGGCGCUGGAGUCGUGGACGCAAAUGCCGCGGUCGACCCGGGUCUUAUCUACGAUAUGGGUAGAAAAGAUUACAUAGAUUAUUACCUUUGUGGCAUGGGGUAUGAGGACAAGGAUAUUUCUCAUCUAACACACAGGAAAACAGAGUGUCCAUUGCAAAGGUUGUCUCUGUUGGAUUUGAAUUUGCCGGCCAUUACAAUUCCUUCACUUGUAAACUCCACCAUUGUGACUCGGACAGUGACUAACGUUGGGAACUUGAGCUGUGUUUAUAAGGCAAAGAUUGAGGCUCCAUUUGGUUGCAAGGUUAGUGUGAACCCUCAAGUAUUGGUCUUUAACUCUCAAGUGAAGAAGAUUUCAUUUAAGGUUAUGUUCUUCACUCAAGUUCAAAGGAACUAUGGCUACUCUUUUGGCAGGUUAACAUGGAGUGAUGGUGUUCACGUUGUUAAAAUUCCUUUGUCUGUGAGAUUUGGUUUCUUUUGAUCUCGUGUUAUGUAUUAUGUGAUAAUUAAAUAAAAGUUGUGAGUGUUUGAAUAAUGACAAAAUUACACAAUCUAUAUUUAUUUCACAAAA